UGUUAAACAUUUGAAUCUCCAUCCUCGAUUCCUCCCCACAUCAGCCAUCAUUCAAUCGUUGCAUGAUGGCGUUCCUGCAGAGGAUGCGUUCCCCGUCCCUCUCCUUUUUCCAGACAGUCGUGUCUCUCCUCCUGAGCACCGUGGCCCUGGUGUCCUCCUUCUGGUGUGUGGGGAAACAGAAGGUCCCCAAGCCGCUCUGUUCAGCUACCAAGCACAGCAACUGCAUCCCUGUUCCAGGCAUGUCCAACUCCUCCAACAUCCAGUUCUUCUGGGAGACCGGGGACGACCGUUUCGUCUUUCCCACCUUCCACACAGGCCUGUUUUUCAUCUGCGAGGAGAACAUUUAUGCAGACGAAUGGGAGGAGAAGUGUCGAGGCUUUUAUACUUUGACUCCCGGAUCAGAAAAGGCAAUGAUGUGGCUGUCAUUGUCGAUGGAGCUGGCGUAUAUCGGCCUGCUGCUAAUCAGCUGCAUGCUGCUGUCUGUGCAGCUGUGCAUCAGGGCCUGGUUCCCCUCGACGCUGCGCUGGGGCCAGCUGCUCAACGCCUUUGCAGCCAUCUUCACAGUCCUGGGAGGUCUGCUCGGGAUGGUGGGCCACAUGAUGUUCAUGCAGGUGUUUCAGACCACUGUCUCAAUGGGACCAGAAGACUUUAAACCUCAUAGCUAUGGCUACUCCUGGGCUUUCUACGUGGCCUGGGUCGCCUUCACCGUCUGCAUGGCGGCCGGCGUCUCCACCCUGAACAACUACACCAAAAAAGUCCUGAUGGUGGGUCCAAGGCGCACCUCCAGCCUCAACCCCUGCAGCUAUAACUUUGUGGGACUCUUUCCUCCAGCUCCUUAUUACACCCCUCCCAACCCAGCCAUCACCCUUGCCCCACCCUUGUCCGCCCCACCAAUCUCCCACUUGUCCCCCUACUACGAGCCCCCGUCAGGGAAGUCUUCUCCAAGGCUCACACACUCCCAGUCUCUUCCUCUCACACAAUCCGACUCUUUCCCUCUUCCUCCAUCUCACCCUGCACCCUCAUCCCCUUUCCACCGCCUGUCCCUUCCCUCCCCGUCUCCUUCGCUUGCUCCCGCCAUCUCUGUCCAAAUGAUGCUGCCGGGACACAAGAAGAGUUACUGUGAUCAAGAAGAGGACUACAGUCCACUGUGAACCGUCACUUUGAUUUAAUGAUGAGUGUUUUUUUUAAUCUCUGCGAUAUCAGCAGUCCAGUUACUUAAAUCUGCAACAGCAGAUAACAGGAUCAAGAUCUUU